UCGCACCUUUCAUAAUAAAUAUGCGGCUCUGCAUCGGUACACUGGAACAGCUCAUGUGCUCGUGAGUGCCAGAAUAACACACUGAACACACAGCCGCCUUUGAAUAAUCUAGUCUUCCGUCUGUGGAUGUACUCAGUGUGGUGUCCCUGACGCGGACGAGAGCAGCAGAGGCUGAAAUCCCGCCCCGGAGCAGAGACACACGGCACGGGACCGCGGCGGAGUGACACUGGCCCCGAUGGCCAAGAACACGCUGUCUUCGCGCUUCAGAAAGGUGGACAUUGAUGAAUUCGACGAGAAUAAAUUCGUGGACGAUCACGAUGAGGCUGCCGACCAGCAAGGACCUGAUGCGCUGGAAGUCAACAACCUUCUCAGGCAAGGGGACACAAUGUCAGCACUUCACAUUGCUCUUAGGAAUCCUCCAAUCAACAGCAAGAACCCAGCAAUAAAGGAAAGAGCACAGACUGUGGUAUUGAGGGUUCUGACGUCAUUUAAGAGCAGUGAUAUUGAACCCGCUGUUAAAUCUCUCGACAAGAACGCCGUUGAUCUUCUCAUGAAGUACAUCUACAAAGGCUUUGAGAGGCCUACAGACAAUAGCAGUGCCAUAUUGUUGCAGUGGCACGAAAAGGCAUUUGCUGCUGGAGGACUCGGCUGUAUAGUUCGCGUUAUGACAGCUAGAAAGUCCGUAUGACCACCCGACCAGACCUGGAAAUAAUGUCGCCCAGAGACCCAGAGGACAAAAGGCAGGUUUGCCUGUUACAGGACAGAAGAAUAAGAAGAGAGCACUGUUUUGAAUGCUGCUGUCUUGAUGAGGAACAAAAUGAACUGCAAAUGGUAGAGAAAGACCGAAGCACUCGUUUCAAACUGAAAAAAAUAUAUAUUAAUGCUUGUGUAAAAGUGAAGUGACGUUCAUAUGCCAAUACAUCAUAAAUUAAUCUAUGAUAUACUGGCGUCAAAAAAAAACAAAAAGAUUUCAGUCAGUGGUUUUGUGUGUGUGGGGUGGGGGGGAAAGAAGUGCGUGUGUGCGCGCUGAGAGCAACACUUUUACAGUCAGGUGAAUGUGAGACAUGCGGUUGUUGUUUGGUUUGAAGUGUUUUCUGUGCUCAAAAAAAAAAGUUUGAAUUAAUCCAUUUUAUUUUCUUAUUUUAUUUCACAUCUUUGGUCCCAUACUCUUGAUUUUUGUGCAGAGAUUUAAUAAUGGAACCAGUGAUGUACACCAAAGGGGAAACAUGGGGAUCAUUGUAAAGUGCCUGCUACAAUAAAGUAAAUGGAUCUCC